CCGCUUAUGCAACUCGCCAAAACGUGGUCGAUCUGUCAGAACUAUAUAACGACAAACAUGGCUUUUGCGGAAAGUGACACACUAGAAUCAAUCGGAAGAGUACUUCAAGACAAAUCAAAACCUUUAAAGGAUCGGUUUAGAGCCCUGUUCACGCUGAAAAAUCUCGGAGGAAAAGAUGCUAUAGAUUCAAUCGCAGCCUGCUUUGACGAUGAAUCGGCGCUAUUGAAACACGAGCUUGCUUACUGUUUAGGGCAGAUGCAGGAUACGUAUGCCCUGCCUACUCUCACAGGUGUCUUACAGGACACACGACAGGAGGCUAUGGUUAGACAUGAAGCAGGAGAAGCACUUGGGGCCAUUGGCUGUUCAGAAUGCAUUGAAGUUUUACAACAAUAUGCAAAAGAUCCAGUAAUAGAGGUGGCAGAAACCUGUCAGCUUGCACUGGAAAGGUUAGAAUGGUUGAACAGUGAGAGAAGUAAGACAGAGAAAUUGUCGACCAAUCCAUAUUCAUCAGUAGAUCCAGCCCCUCCUAGUGUUUCCGAAGACGUCAACAGCUUGAGAGAUGCCCUUCUCGAUGAAUCAUUGUCCUUAUUCAAAAGAUACCGGGCCAUGUUUUCUCUCCGAAACAAUGGCAGUGAUGAGGCAGUCAUCGCCCUGGCUGAAGGUUUAAAGUGCAAAAGUGCAUUGUUCCGACAUGAGAUAGCAUAUGUGCUUGGUCAGAUGCAGAACAAAGUUUGUGUCAAACAGCUGUCAGAAAAUCUGAAGGAUAAGGGUGAGAGUUCCAUGGUGCGACAUGAGUGUGCGGAGGCUCUGGGCUCCAUUGCUACCGAGGACUGUACGCAGAUUCUGGCUGAAUAUUUAAAGGACUCGGAGAGAGUGGUCAAGGAGAGUUGUAUAGUGGCUCUGGACAUGAGUGAAUAUGAAAACAGUGGUCAGUUUCAGUACGCUGACUCGCUAGUCAAAGCCCAGAGUGUUGGGACAGAAGUGAAUUGAGGAAAAUUAAACAUUUCAAAAUGAUACAAAUGUAUUUUUAGUCUCUUGUGAUAAGUUCAUUAUGUUAAUGGACUACAUUACAUUAAAACUUAUACAGAAGUUAAAUAUGUCUCACUGAUGCAUAAGUUAAAAACUUAACUUAACUGUACUCAAAGUGUGGGAGGUAUUUGAUUAAUAUCAUACCCCAACCCAAGUAAGGAUGACAAAAUAUUUAGUUUGUGAAAAACUGUUUGCCCAUCUUGUAAUUUGAUAAUUUUCUGAAUAAUAAUAAUAG